AUGGCGUCUAUUCUAUUGUCCGAACCAGCUGUGCAAUCGUACAUGUUUUACUCGGGCGUGUUAGCUCUCAAAAUGCUGGGAGUGUCAUUUUUGACAGCGAGGCAGAGAUAUCGUAAGAACGUAUUCGCAAACGAAGAAGACGCCAAAGCUAAAAAUGGCAAAGUGAAGUUCGACGACCCCGAUGUGGAAAGAGUUAGACGCGCGCAUCUCAACGACUUGGAGAAUAUUCCAGCAUUUUGGAUAGUUGGUGCUCUUUAUUUAACAACCGGGCCUUCGAGUGCAUUGGCUACAAAUUUGUUUAGAAUUUAUGCGGCAGGAAGAGUGCUGCACACUUUUGUUUAUGCGGUCAAACCCCUGCCGCAGCCGGCUCGUGGAAUUGCUUUCGGAGUUCCUUUCUUCAUUACCAUCUACAUGGGAGUUAAAGUCAUUCAAUACUAUUCCGGUGCUAUGUAA